UGUGAGUAUUGGAGGAUUAUUCCACGCUAUCUGCUUUCACCUUUUCACGAUCGGCGACGAGGACGGGAGACCGCGUAUGACGCAUAUCUACGUUAGGUUCCGUGCAGUACGAGAAAAUUUUAGAAGGCUUCUCGUUUGGCUAGAUAAUGUACAGCGGUUGUCCCAGUUUUCUAUGCCGACGAUAAGAUUUUCGUGCUCUGUAAUAAGAUAUGGCCGUUUAAUGUACGAAGCGAAUCAUCCAUCGCCAACGAGAGCGUCGAUCGCUGUUUAUCCUCGACCAAAUGAUUGUCACUUCUGAUAUACUAAUAUACAGCUUAUGAAUUUUUAUGCAUUUCUAGGAAAUUUAAAGAAUGCACAUAGUACGCGAAAAUCUGCACUUAAUCCUGAUUCAGCUCAAUUUCCGGUCGACAACGGUCGUCAAUCAUCGCGAAGUUUCAUCUAAAUAUCUAAAAAAUAAUAGAAAUUUAGAAAACUUUAGAAACUUUAGAAAACGUUAAACCUUCUCGUUCACUCGUUAUUUCUUUUUAAUAAGUUGUUGGUGACUUAAUAAGUCCUUUUACUAAUAAAUGAAAGGCUUGGAAAAAUACGGCAUCUCGUACGUAGAAAUAUAAAAAAAGGUCUCUAAUAUCCUUCUGCUGUUUCCGAUUGUUAAAAAUAUCCGUAUAAAAAUAAGCGGUUCGUUAUGUAUGAAUAAUGUCGAAUGGAGCAAAUCGUCGACGCAAAAAGUUCGUAUAAAUCCUAGAAUUUUAUGCGUUAUAAAUCCGCCAAACCGAAGUUUCCUUUCACCGACGAGACAUUUAGUCAUAUGUACUAUAUCUUAGAUAGUGCACCGUGCACUUAAGCGAAUAUAUGUAAGCACAUUAACGACGAAAUGAGAGAUUUGACAGGUGUUUGUACAUUUCUGUGCAUAUAUGCACUGGUAUAAUUUAACUAGAUCGGAACGUUAUUCACAUAUGCGUUACGAUGCAACGAUAUCCGGUUACGGAACUCUAAAACAAUUACAUCAUCCGUAUAUCCGGCACGAAAGCACCUUUAUGUGUUCCUCGUAGCGCAAUAUCAAAGGAAAUUAUAAAAAUCCAGUUUUCCCCUUAGUUUCGAAAUAGCAAAAUAACAGGACAUCUGAUUUCUAUAGAAAUUUUUAUACGAAUUCUAUUGUAUAUCGUUGUAUACGCUACUGCUACAAUUACCGCAAUAUUUGAAUUAGAGCGAUUUCGAAAUUACUUAGGAUCGCAAAGCAAGUCGUCUUGUUUUCCUCGCGAUAUAAUGUUACAAUAGAGACCGCAGGCGUGAUCGGGGUCCACUUAAUAAAUCGUAAUCAACAAUACGAUCUGGUUCGAUUCUUUAGCUCAACCUUCGACAACAGCCACCUUCUCUGGAAUACUUGAGAGCGCAUUGUCGAUGUUACUAAACCUCGCAGCAGAUAACCGGUUGCAACACGAGUUGAACCUGACAUUCCGGAUUUACGACAAUGUUUCGCACCACCAUGGAUGACUAUAGCGACUCAGGCAGCCGAUGCGUUUUUUCUUUAAGAAAAAAAUGUUACAUAUUAUUACUUAAUCACAGACUAAAAAACGAAUGGAAAUUUUCAACGAAAUGCGAGUACAUGUACUACGUCUAGCAUGUAAUUGUCCUCAAAUGAAAAUAUCUAUCGAAAAUUCUUAUUUGACGAAUCGUCGCUGACGCGAUAAACAGAGAUAUGUAGAUACAUAUGCAAAAUCAUUUUUUUUGCGACUAUGACUAAAACAUUGCAACAUGGGUAAGAAAUUGUUUUAUCCGUUUGAAGUAUUACAAACAGUACACUUACUUUGGAUAUUUUAUAUACUUUUGAGUAUUAUGCGUAUUCUAUAUGCAUCCUGGCGUCUGUAAAUUUGUCCAAAUUUUUCCAAAAAACGCAUAUAAAUUCGUAGUCUACCGAUAAAUAUUUCAAUAAAUCGAAGAGGAGAACUCCCACUCCCAAAUCGAAAGUAAACGACGUAGAUCUAUAUAAGUGACACGAUUGAAAGUGUUACGGCUCUUUUUCCUCAAUUUCUGAUAAAUAUGAAGAUCAUUUUGAACAGAGACGUUCCUCCCGCGUGUGAUUCUCGUAAGGAUGGUGUUAAUGCAAUUCUGUGGAUCUUUCUCAGUUCUUCCAGAAACGUCCGUUAUCAGCUACGAGAAGAAAUCGUUGACGUCAUUCUCUUUUUCGAAAUUUGUAUUUAUUCGACGUCUUCGUCGAGAAAUUUAUACGACACGCAAGAAAGAAAAUACAACGUGUGGGUGUUAAAAGAAGGCGACACUAAAGAUAUAUGGUAGUGGGGCGGGAGACUAUACACGUCUGCACACAUUGUUAUUACACCGAGCUUUAUUUAAGGAAGUGAGAGACUUCGUGGCAGUAUAUGAUAAAACACGUACAGGUUUCCGCUGCAGAGCUCUUCAAGCGACGAACUGCUGCUCAGUCUCGCUGACGGGUCAAUAUCAAAAUCUCUCAGCUCCUAUCAUUCUUCGGGGACCUUCGUAAAAAGAAAGCUAAAAGAAAUUCUAAAAGCUAAUACGAAGGUCCGAAGCACUCCUUACGAUGUAAGAAUUCUUUGAUAAUUCACAGAAUACGAAAAUUACGAAUAUUAAAAAAAGCUAUGAAAAUAUUAUCAUUAUUGAACGCUCGAAGUAGAACCCUUGGAAAGAAAAUGGUCCUACAGUAAAAAAAAAAAAAAAAAGGAAAAAAGAAAAACUGACGUGUUUCAUGUGAAAUUAAAAAUUCCGAUGGAAGAUACUAUUUUUCCAAUCAGCAUGAUACCUUCAAUACGUCAUCCAACUACCGGGAUUGUUUUCACAACUGUUCACCACGGUAUAUAAUUGACGAAUCGUGAAAACGUCCAUCAAUGCAGGUCGCUCCAUCGACGAUGAAGAUAUUCGUCGCCUGUUUCGUCAUCUGGACGUUGAUAAACCGAGAAAUCGUACUCGCGAGCAGUGUCGAAGCACAGAAUCAGGAAAAUGAUGGCCAAGUAGAGAACGUGGAACACAUACUGCCGACUACGUUGGACGGUUUUUCGUACAAGAGCGAUGGAAAGACAGGGGAACGAGUCGAGGCAGAGUCGUCAUCGAGCAAAGAGACAUUCGCGUCGAGUUUCUCCUCUUCGUCCGCGCGAACAUCGUCGAAAAACGCGGCGUCAUCGGCAGCGCUUUUGUCGGCGUUGAAUGAGAAACUCGACAUCGGCGAAGAGAAAGCGUCGUCAAAAUUAAGAAGUGAACCUUCCAGCGAAGUUCUGAUCGCCGAUGGAUCGCUUUCCAAGGAGAAAUCUAUCGGAGCUGAGAUCAGCGAGGAAUCGAGUUCUAAAGUCGAAUCCAAUUGGGAGAGCGUCAAGGAGGAAUCGAACAGCGACGAACAGAACCGAAUUGUUAAGACGUACGUGAAGAAAGGGCCGGUUAAGACCUGGAGCUGGAGCAGCGUGGGCAAUGAGUCGCAGAGUUCCUCCAGCGAGGAAAUUAAGCUUCUUAAAGAAGAAAAGUCAAAGGCGGAAGCUAGGGUCAAGUUGGAAGCGGAGGCACGAGCGAAGGCCGAGGCGGAGGCAGCGGAAGCUCGAAAGUUGUUGAAGUCCCAAUUGAAUGCCCUGAAACAGGCGCAAGCUAAAGCUCAGGCAGAAGCAGAGGCUCGAGCACAGGCAGAAGCAUUGGCCGCGUCGGAAUCCAAGGCUUUGGCUUCCGCUCGAGCAAUAGCUAAGGCCAGUACCGAGGAAGCUGCACUGGCACAGGCGCAGGCGAAGGCAGAGCAACAAGCUCGUUCCGUACUGCAGACUAAACUCAUUUCCAUCCUCGACACGCGUAGUCAUACCAACGUCGAAGAGGAAAUCGUAAUCACGGAAGAACUGAAGGAAAAGGCGAAGGCCUCGGUGGAAGCUUCUGUAGCCGCGAGCGUAGCUGCCAAAGAAGCUGCUAAAUCGAUCAGGAUCGCGGCUAUGUCUCGAACGAACGCCGCCCUUAAGGCUUUGUCGGCUCAGAAGGCCACCGUUAUCCAGGCAAUCGCUUCCGCCAACGCUAGAGCCGCGGCUAGCGCUUUGAGCGCCGCCCUCGAACAGGCUAUAGUUUCUUCGAGAGCUGCGGCUUCUUUGCAAACGGAAGCUUACGCCAUAGCUCAUAAAGUCGUACAGGCAGCUAUGGCUGAAGGUGCUGCCUUGGACUAUGCGAAAUACAGAGCUGAAAUACGCGAGAAAGCGAUCGCGAAGGCGAAAGCCUCCGCGGAAGCGGCUGCCACUGCUGCUGCCGCUGCAGCUGCUGCUUCUAAUCAAUUGGCAAGUUCACAGGCGAAUAAUCUGAAUGCUGCUACCAACCUAGCUACUGCCCAAGCAACUGCGAUUUCUAGAGUGGAAACUGCGUUGUUGGAAAUAAAUGCAGCGGCCAAGGAGGAGGCGGCCGCCAUGGCGAGAGCAGAUGUUGAAAGUGCUGCUCUUGAAGCUGCAACCGCGGCUCAAGCGAGUGCGCUUCAAGGUGUAAGGAGCGGAAUUGUGAUAGGAUUGGGUUCGUCCGCUACCAAGCUUAACGAGCAACAGGCUGUAGCAUUGUGGGAUGCAGCCGCCGAAGAUGGGAAGAACCUAAAGAUAACAGAGAUAUAAGAAGUAGCAAAAAGUUGGGAUAGAUGUAAAGGAGAGCGAUGAUAUUUUGAUUUCUUUAGAGGAGCAAUAUGAAAAGUUAUAAAUAUAACGUUGUAGCAAUGUA